AUGGGAAAUUUUGUUAGCUACAAAUGUUUCCAAUGUUGCUACGAUAUUCUUACAAAGUGUGCUUUAGUGAGCACCAAGGAUGUGAUUCUAAAUCAAUUAAACCUCGCUAUAAAAGCUGUUCACAUGUAUUUCACUGCUAUGAGAAAUUUCUUCGACGAUAAGGAACUCACGGAACAAGAGCAGAUUGCUCUCAGUGAUGAUUUGAAGAAUGAAGAUAAGAUUCUUGCAUAUUUGAACAAGAUUGCGGUGGAUCUCAAUAUCUAUCCCAUGAUCAGACUUCGUAACUGGUAA